GGGCUGAGCCGCGGGCGUCCCCGAGGCCCUGGCGACACGGGUCCGGCUGUCAGUGCGCGUCCUCCUGGGGAGUCAUCGCGGACGUGAGUGCCCGAGGUCCGCAGCGCCCGCCCGAGGAAGGCAGCUCUGCUGCUUAGGCCCUGACCCUUCCUAAAAAGAAGAGGAAAUGACUGAGUCCCAGGAAACAGUGACAUUCAAAGAUGUGGCUAUUGAUUUCACCCGGGAAGAAUGGAGGCAAUUGGAUCCCACUCAGAGGAAGCUGUACAGGAACGUGAUGCUAGAGAACUAUAACAACUUAAUCACUGUGGGUUCUCCACUCAGCAAGCCUGAUGUAAUUUUCAAGUUGGAGCAAGAAGAGGAACCAUGGCUGGUUGAGGAAGAAGCGUUAAGACGUCGUCCAGAAGAAAAUUGUAGAAUUGUUGAGCAUCAGAAAACCCAAGACAGCCAUUUGAAACAAGUUGUCAAGAAAACAGUGACUGAAGAAGCUGAAGAGUGUCCUAUGAAAUUGGCAAAUGCAUGUCCUGAAAACUCAGAUUUUACUCCUUCCAGACACAACCUCUGUGAAUACAAUUGGUUUGGAAAGUGUUUAGAGAAUAAUUUUGAUUAUCAUAAUAAUGUGAAACACCUUAUGAAAGAGGAACAUUUUGAAUAUGAUGAAGCUAAGAAAUCGUGUGGCAGUGGUCCAGCCCAUUUUGUUGUGACCCCCUUUAAGUGUAAUCAUUGUGGAAGAGGCUUUAGCCAAACAUUGGACCUUAUCAGACACUUGAGAUUUCAUACUGGAGAGAAACUCUAUGAAUGUAGCAAGUGUAAGAAAGUCUUUACCCACAAGGAAAAACUCACUAAACAUCAUAAAGUUCAUCGUAGGGAGGAGUGCUAUGAGUGUAAUGAAUGUGGGAAAACUUUCAUUAAAAUGUCAAAUCUUAUUAGACAUCAAAGAAUUCAUACUGGAGAGAAACCCUAUUCAUGUAGGGAUUGUGGGAAAUCCUUCAGCCAGAAAUCCAAUCUCAUUGACCAUGAAAAAAUUCAUACUGGAGAGAAACCUUAUGAAUGUAGUGAAUGUGGAAAAGCGUUCAGCCAGAAGCAAAGCCUCCUUGCACAUCAGAAAGUUCACACUGGGGAGAAACCUUAUGCAUGUAAUGAAUGUGGUAAAGCCUUCCCUCGAAUUGCUUCCCUUGCUCUUCAUAUGCGAAGUCACACAGGAGAAAAACCUUAUAAAUGUGAUAAAUGUGGAAAAGCCUUCUCUCAGUUUUCCAUGCUUAUUAUACAUGUGAGAAUCCAUACAGGGGAGAAACCGUAUGAAUGCAAUGAAUGUGGAAAAGCCUUCUCUCAAAGCUCAGCGCUUACUGUACACAUGAGAAGUCACACAGGUGAGAAACCCUAUGAAUGUGAAGAAUGUAGAAAAGCCUUCAGCCAUAAGAAAAACUUCAUUACACAUCAGAAAAUUCAUACUAGAGAGAAACCUUAUGGAUGUAGCGAAUGUGGGAAAGCUUUUAUUCAGAUGUCAAACCUCGUUAGACACCAGAGAAUUCAUACUGGAGAAAAACCCUACAUAUGUAAGGAAUGUGGCAAAGCUUUUAGCCAGAAAUCAAAUCUCAUUGCUCAUGAAAAAAUUCAUUCUGGAGAGAAGCCCUAUGAAUGUAAUGAGUGUGGUAAGGCUUUCAGCCAGAAGCAAAACUUUAUUACACACCAGAAAGUUCAUACUGGAGAGAAGCCAUAUGACUGUAAUAAAUGUGGUAAGGCCUUCUCUCAGAUUGCAUCCCUUACUCUUCACCUGAGAAGUCACACCGGGGAAAAGCCUUAUGAAUGUGAUAAGUGUGGGAAAGCCUUCUCUCAAUGCUCAUUACUUAAUUUACACAUGAGAAGUCACACAGGCGAGAAGCCUUAUGUGUGUAAUGAGUGUGGAAAAGCUUUCUCUCAAAGAACUUCACUUAUUGUGCAUAUGAGAGGUCAUACUGGUGAGAAACCCUAUGAGUGUAAUAAAUGUGGAAAAGCGUUCUCCCAGAGCUCAUCCCUGACUAUACACAUACGAGGCCAUACAGGUGAGAAACCCUUUGACUGUAGCAAAUGUGGAAAAGCCUUCUCUCAGAUCUCGUCUCUUACUCUUCAUAUGAGGAAGCAUACAGGAGAAAAACCCUAUAACUGUAUUGAGUGUGGCAAAGCUUUCAGCCAAAAGUCACACCUUGUUAGACACCAGAGAAUCCAUACCCACUAAAAACCCUGUGGAUAUGGGGACACCUUGAGAAGGAAUUAACACCUUACACCACACUAUAUGACCAGUUCUAGAGCAGAAAACUGAAUAUACACAUUUGUUAAACAUUAGAGAUGAACUCACUGAGGUGACCAAUUUAUGAGAGAGGUGACCAUCAGAAACCUUGAGUAGAUAACAUUGAUAAUAUAUUAUUAGUAUUCUUAUUCAAAUCUGAAAAUCCGUUGCAGCAUAUCAACAUGUGAGCUUCUUGUCAAUGUAUUAAGAAAAAGAAGAUUGGAAAAAAAAUAAGAACUAUUAAAGCUAACCUUGUAUAGGCAGUGUGAGACCCUGUAUCAAAAAAUAAAGACAACUAACCCUUGACAAAAGAGAUAAUUAGAAACUGUGUUGAAAGAAAAUAAUUAUGUGGCAUUUGUUUAUACAAAGUUAUAAAACAUAUUGAAAGACACAAAAGAACAACUGAAACUGUCUGAAAUGAUUUGAAAUUAUAAAAAUAUAUUAUCCUUUAGCUCUCUUAAGUUUAAUAUACUUCCACUCAGAAUUUACAUAAUAGUUAUAUUGUAAAGAAUUUCAUGAACUGACUCAGUUUGUGUAUGGAAAGGCAGCAGACAACUGAUGCUAAAAUAAACUUGACAUAGCAAAACAACCAGGGACAAUGUGUACCCCUGGAUACCACAUAACUGCUGUCAUCUAAAACUUAAAUAUUUUGAAGAACAGACUAUCAAAAGUAAAAUUCUGAAACUAUGGUGGAAAUAAAGUUGAAUACUUUAAAGUUAAACUUCUUUAAAAACAUGUGAACACAACAGUUACUCUUCUGUGCACUGGCCUCAGAGUCACCCUGUCUGCAGAGAUGGCUGCCACCAUGCUCACUGCACCAGGGUGGUUUGCUUACAUUGGACAGAACAUUUAUGUCAGUGCAGGGUUAGGUCAGUAAAAUGCUCAUUUCUGUGAUAGGAUACCAUGGAGUAUUUGGAAUAUACAAAAUCCAGGGCUGGAGAGAAAAUCCACAUGUGUUUCAUGAAUAGAUCACAAUAUUCUGAGAGAAGAAUGCAAAAGACAAACCUGGCAUCCUAUUUAUGUAAUUUAAUAAGAUGAUGCAACCAACAGUAUUGUAUAUUGAUCACAGGUCCAUUUAUGACAUUGACUGCCUAUUGGGGACGUGGCAAGGUUUUGUGGGAGUUGUUACAUUAAUCUGUAUUAUUUCUUUAAUAAAAGAACUAAAGAAAA